AAUUUUUAUUUAAGAGGAGUCAAAUUUUUGACCAAAUUUUUUAAUUCUUCAUGUGUUUCUGUUUGUAUUUUAACUAUUUUUCACUAUACUAAAAAUUUUUUUUCAAAACGUCCAACUUUCAAAAUGGUCAAAAUCUCCAAAUAUCUUUAUUAUUCGUCUAUUAUAUUUUUAAAUUAAUUUUUUUGUGUCCUAUAAUCUAACAAAAAAAAUUUUUAUUCAACAAUUAGUUACCUGUUGUUGUUGGUGUAUUUAUUGCUUCAGUUACAGAAAUUCAUUUUAAUUUAUUUGGUUUAUGUUCUUCAUUUAUUUCAACAGCAGUAUUUGCCUUUUUAAAUGUGCUAGCCAAAAAAGUUUUUGAUGAAACUGGAAUGCAUCCAAUUAGUUUAUUGGCUUUAAAUUCUCAAUUGGCAACUUUGCUUCUUUUUCCUUUUUGGGCUUGGACAGAUGGUAGUCGAAUGUGGGAACUAGCCCAUUUAACAAAUUCAAAACAACACCAACAACAAAAUAAUAACAAUCAUGCACCAGACUCCUAUUUUUUGAUUUUAUUAGCACUUUCUGGUUUAUGCUCAUUUUUUUCAAAUUUGUGUGCUUUUAUGUUGAUUCACCAGCUUUCAACAUUAUCAUACGCUGUUACAAACGCAGCAAAAAGAAUAUUUGUAAUUGUAUUAUCAUUAAUUACACUUAAAAAUCCAGUUACAACUCUAAAUGUUUGUGGAAUGUUUAUUUCAGUUUUUGGUGUUUUAAUUUAUAAUAGGGUAAAAAGUAUAGAACACGAACCCAAAUUAUUAACAAAUAGAAGAGAAGAAUUAUUUAGAAGAAAAGAACCUAUUCAUGUUUCAACAAUGAAAUCUUCCCCUAGUGAUGUUAGAAUGUUACUUGACUAA